CAAUAGUUUAUUUCUGGCAACACUAACCUUCCGUCCAUUUUCAUUUCGCAAACUUAAAAAAACGACGACGAAAAAGAAAAAGGCAUUUCUUUUUGUCGGUUAAAGUAUUGCUUAUUGCCGGGUAAUGUGAGCUAACUAUCGUUUAUAUUGUUUAGUUUUAAUAUAUUUAGUUAUAUCAAGCGGAUACUCUAAGAACGGCUUGAUAACGUUUGGAUUCAAAAUUUGACAAGACUAACACAACAUGGAGGAUGAGAAUGAGUUCAAAAAGUUGCCGACAGAAGAGAAAUGUGUUCACAAGUUAUGGAAGGCCCGAGUGGCGGGCUACGAGGAGGCUAUCAAACUAUUCAACCAAAUUGACGAUGAGAAAUCACCAGAGUGGAACAAAUACUUAGGUUUAAUCAAGAAAUUUGUCACCGAUAGUAAUGCUGUUGCACAAGAAAAAGGUUUGGAAGCUGCGUUGGUGUUCGUUGAGAAUUGUGGACAUGCCGGCAAAACGACCGGAGAGGUUAUGUCUGGGAUUGUCGCGAAAUGCAUCGCCGCGCCCAAAACGAAGACUAAAGAUCUGGCUUUACAGGUAACACUAAUGUACAUAGAAAUAGAAAAACACGAGACAGUUGAAGAGGAGUUGAUCAAAGGUAUGGAGCAGAAGAAUCCCAAGGUCGUGGCGGCCUGUGUAGCAGCAUUACACACGUCGUUAAAACAGUUCGGUAAUAAAGUAAUAGCCAUCAAACCUAUGGUCAAGAAGAUACCUAUACUGCUAGCAGACAGAGACAAGUCCGUCAGAGAUGAGAUGAAGGCGCUAGUCAUUGAAAUGCAUAGAUGGAUAGGUGGUGCCAUAGAACCUCACAUAGCUUCCCUGCAAGCGGUGAUACAGCAGGAAUUAAGAGAGUCCUUCAGUACUGGUGGCGGUGUCGCCCAGCCAACUCGCUACCUCAGGUCACAGCAGAACAGGGUGCGAGAUACACCGGCCGCUGACUGUGCUGAUGGCAUAGCAGAUGAUGACGACGCCGAAACCGGUGGCGGAGACUCCGGGGAUAUGGACCCCUACGAUUUACUAGACCCAGUCGAGAUCUUAUCCAAACUGCCGAAGGACUUCUACGAUAAACUGGAGGCCAAGAAGUGGCAGGAGAGGAAAGAAGCGCUCGAUGCGCUGGAGAACUUACUGAAAACAGCCCCCAAACUGGAGCCGGGAGACUAUGCUGAUCUAGUCAGGGCGUUGAAAAAGGUGAUAUCCAAAGAUACUAACGUGAUGCUGGUAGCCCUCGGCGGCCGCCUGCUGGGCAUGGUCGCGAGCGGCCUCCGCAACAAGUUCUCUCCGUACGCGACCGCCUGCGUGCAGGCAAUACUCGAGAAGUUCAAGGAGAAGAAGACCAAUGUGGUGACAGCGUUAAGGGAAGCCAUCGAUGCUAUUUAUCCUUGUACGAACCUGGAAGCCAUAAUGGAGGACAUGCUAGCGGCAUUUGACAACAAGAACCCCUCAAUUAAAGCUGAAAGUUCGUUGUUCUUAGCCAGAGCUCUGUGUCACACGCAACCAUCGGCCUUCAAUAAGAAACUUAUUAAAGCCUACGUGGGUGGACUGCUGAAACUAAUUGAAAGUGCUGAUCCCACAGUACGUGAUGCGGCAGCAGAAGCCCUGGGUACAGCAACAAAGCUAGUCGGCGAGAAGAACAUCGCUCCGCACAUCGGCAAGCUCGACAACCUGAAGGAGCAGAAAAUCAAGGAGUUUGCGGACAAGGCUGUAAUACAAGUGAAGGUAGCUGCUGCGAAGAAAGAGCCAAAACCAAAAGCGGCCGCGUCACCGUCCGGCAAGGGCGACGCUAAGCCUACCGCUGGGUCUUCACAACCCAAGCCUGUUCGUCGACCUGCUUCAGCUAAGGCCCCGGCUAAGAAGGCGCCGGCAGCCCGCGGCCAGCCCAGCCCGCCGCGGGAACAGGAACUUGCGCAGGAGGAGGUCGACGCCAAGGCUGAGGUGCUCUUCCCCGGGGAUGUUGUCACAGGCCUCGGCGACGGCAACUGGAAGAACCGCCUCUGUUCAGUACAGAGUUUCUACUCCACCGUACAGGGACUGUCGUCAGGCGACGCCACCUCGCAAGUGUUGUACCGCACGCUGAACAAGAAGCCCGGCCUUAAGGACACCAACGUACAGGUGUUGAAGGCCAGGCUCGAGGCCUGCAAAUAUAUCACUGAGAACUUCCCUGUUUCCACGACAUCAGCCGACUUUGUUAUCCAAGACAUAGUGACGAAGCUGGGCGAGUCAUCAUGUUCCGCCAUCUGCGCGGAAUGUCUGACCUGCUUAGCCGAAGCCUGUGGUCUCGAGCACGUCCUCAACGAAGCUCUAACUUACGCUAUGGACUCUCAGAAGAACCCUAAAGUGCAAUCCGAAGUGUUUAUAUGGAUGUCCAACGCUAUCAAGGAGUUUGGUUUUAACAUGAACAUAAAAUCAAUAAUCGCGCACUGCAAGAAGGCUCUCACAGCAACCAACCCCAACGUUCGUACAUCAGCGGUGACCUUCCUCGGCAUACUAUCACUGUAUGUGGGACCCUCGCUACUGUCACACUUUGACAGCGAGAAGCCAGCCACGCGGCAGCUGAUCAGCCUGGAACUUGACAAACAUGCUAAUUCUACCGCCCCGCCGCCGACGAGACUACUUGGUGCUGUUAGUAAGUCCGCAAGCAAGGCGUCAGUGGGUGACGAUAUAGAGGAGGCUUACGAAGACGCCGCAGAAGAAGAACCGGUCGUAGUGGACGACAACCGACCGCGGACAGACAUCGCGCCGCUCAUCACUGACGCCCUCAUCGCAGAGAUCAACGAUAAGAACUGGAAGGUCCGUAACGAAGGCCUCGACAAAGUGAAGGCGAUAGUAACAAACUCGGCUCCGAUCAAGUCGUCUCUCGGCGAGCUACCGGCGGCGCUGUCCGCGCGACUGCUGGACUCCAACUCCAAGCUCGCUCAGAGCGCGCUGCAGAUAUGCGAGGCGUUGGCCACUGCGAUGGGGUCUAAGUGUAAAAUUCAUGUCAGGACGUUCUUCCCAGCAUUCUUUCAAGCGUUCGGCGACAGCAAGCAGUGGAUCCGCGCGGCGGCCGUGUCGUGCGUGGAGGCGUGGUGCCGCGAGGCGGGCCCGGCCGCGCCGCUGGACGGCGAGAUGCUGCACGACGCGCUGCGCGCCGGCAGCCCGCUGCUGCGGGCCACGCUGCUGCAGUGGCUGGCCGAGCAUCUGCCCAACGUCCCUCCGAAGUCGUUUCCCCGCGAGGAGUUGUCGGUGUGCGUGCCGCUGCUGUUCGCGAGCCUGGAGGACCGCGCGGCCGACGUGCGCAAGGUCACGGCCGACUGCGUGCUGCCCGUCAUGCUGCAUCUGGGCUACGAGGCCAUGCACAAGCAGCUCGACAAGCUUAAGCCUGGCUCCAAAACGGUGGUGUUAGCAGCUCUGGAUAAGGCCCGGCCUAGUUUACCGGUCCAGCCUCUACCGACCAAGGCCAAGAAGGAAGAACCGCGCGGCGUCAAGUCCGCAGGUGCACUGAAGAAGGAAGCCGAGAAGAAAGGCGCUGUUGUUAAGGGGAAGGGUCCAGCGAAACCAACAUCAGCAUCCAACCGCAACAAGAAAGAUGACGAAGACUUCUCCCCACUUCUACCAAACAACAACGCUAAGAACCAACGCAUCAUUGACGACCAGAAACUCAAAGUAUUGAAAUGGAACUUCACAACCCCUCGCGAGGAAUUCUUUGAGCUUCUGAAGGAGCAAAUGGCUACUGCCGGACUGAACAAACAACUUGUCGCUAACAUGUUCCAUAAUGACUUCAGAUACCAUCUAAAAGCAAUUGAGGCCUUAUCAGAAGAUCUCCACGAAAACGGCCAAGCGUUAAUGGCUAACCUCGACCUAGUACUCAAAUGGCUAACCCUACGAUUCUUCGACACCAACCCCUCAGUGAUCCUAAAGGGUCUCGAAUACCUGUCCAUAGUAUUCACUCAUUUGAUGGACUCAGACUACACGAUGCCGGAGUAUGAAGCCAACUGUUUUAUCCCAUAUCUCGUUCUCAAGGUGGGAGAUCCUAAAGACACAGUUCGUAACGGCGUGAAAGCUUUGUUCAAACAAAUAUGUGUGGUCUACUCUGUUACCAAGCUGUUCGGGUAUUUGAUGGAGGGAUUGAAGUCCAAGAAUGCUAGACAGAGGGCUGAAUGUCUCGAAUGCAUCGGCCACCUCCUCGAGACGUACGGUUCGACGGUGAUGGGCAGCGGCGGCGGCGGCGCCCUCAAGGAGUUAGCGCGACACAUCGGAGACAGGGACAACGCCGUGCGGUCCGCUGCGCUUAACUGCGUAGCCUCGGCUUACUUCUUGGAAGGAGAGAAGGUUUACAAGAUGAUUGGACAGAUAUCAGACAAGGAUCUAUCCCUUUUGGAGGAACGCAUUAAACGCGCGAGCAAGUCCCGCAGCGCUGAGAACCGGCGCUCGAACCUCGUCCCGCUGUCCGCGUCCGGCCGCCCCGUGCAGAUACCGCAAGAGGUAAACGAAGAGCCUGAACCGCCUCGGCGCGUGAUAUCAGUAGACACGGCGCCCGUGGAUUACGAGGAAGAAGAAGAGGAAGAACCUAUUCAAAUGCCACCACCCAAGCCCGCGGCCCCCGAGCCCCGCGUGGUGUCGGGCCCGUUCGGCCUGGACCCCGAGCUCAUCGCGCAGCUGGACGCGGCCGUGCCCGUGCUGCGCCGCCCCGACGUGGCCGAGAUCGACCUGCACUUCCUGGACGAGCCCAUACCCACCGUGCGGGUGCGCUCGCAACUGCCGCAGCAGCCCAUCAGGACCAGUAUGGUAGCGAUGUCUCCGCCGCGUCACACGCCGCAGUUCGCGGCGCCGGCGCAGCCUCACUCGCUGCCCACGCAGGUUGACGACUCGCUGCUCGCAGACACUAUUCACUCCAUAGCCAGUCCAGAUCUAAAUGCGGCCAUCCGCGCGCUGUCGCUGAUCUCCGGCGCGCUGGUGUCGGGUCGCGGCGGCGCGCUGGCGGCGCACGAGGCGCGGCUGGUGGCGGCCAUCGCGGCGCAGCUGCGCCACGUGCGCGCCGCGCCGCCGCACGACGCGCUGCCCGCCUACAAGUACCUGGCCAGCGUGCUCACCACCUUCUACGAAACAGCCGGCUGCGGUUCUCACGUAGGCGAAGCGGCGCUGUGCUCUCUAGUCGGAGAGCUACUACGUCUGCUUGGCGCGGGCACGGGCGCGACCGGGACCGGCCCUGACGCUGAGCGACUCGUGCGCAUACUGAAUAAUGUGUGUGUCAGGGUACUCGAGCAUUCGCCUAGGACGCCGCUAUUGUGCGCAAUAGUAUCCCUUCUACACGAGUCCAUCGGCGUCUCAGACCCUGCCUACCCUCGCUACCAAGACCUUCUCCUCAAGUGCUUCUGGAAGACCCUCAAGAUGAUCUCCACCUGGGACGUGAACUCCAUAGACUAUGACGCGGUGCUGUACAGGAUACACCUGUUCUAUAAGGCUUAUCCCAACAGUUACUGGAAGAAGAACCCGGAUAUUAGUGAUACGCCGUAUAGGACAGUGAAAACGUUGGUACAUACUCUAGUCAAGAUGAAGGGUGGUUCCAUCACAAACCAUCUCACACAAAUACCUGAUCUAAAUGGUUCUGACCUGUACCCGUAUCUACUUAAAGUACUGAAGCAAUUGAAGCUAGACGAAAAGAAAGAAAACACAUCAGACGCGUUGAACGGCGGCUCGGUGCUAGCGUCGGUCCCGCCCAACAACGCGGCGCUGGCGGCCGGCCGGCUGCCGCGCGCAGUGCACGAGGAGCUCGCGCUCAUACUCAAGCGCAUCGGGACCAAGGAACACAACAAGGACGCGCUGGCGCAGCUCUAUGACUUGCGGGAGCGUCACCCCGAGGUGGACAUCUGGACGUUCAUGCAGGGCUCGUCGUUCUACUUCCGCAACUACGUGGAGCGCGGCCUGCGCGAGGUGGCCGACCAGCGCAAGCUGGCCUCCAUGCCGCCCAUGUACAAACACGAUUACAAGUCAGAGAAUAUUGAUAUUAGUAAUGAAAACGACGAGAAGUCACACGUGAUAUUCUUAGAGCGACUUCGAGCUUUGCAGGCCAAAGCCGGUUUGAAAACCGAGUCGUCUCCAUCAUCGCAGCCGCGCACGCCGGUCGGCGACAACAGAACUCUGGUCGACUCCAUCAACGAGAACACGCUGCCACGCAGCAUUGAUCCGCAACUUGAACUAAACACAACACAGACCCUAUCCCAAAGGAACGAAGCCGAAGUGGACGCGCUGCGGCUCAAACUACAACAAAUCAAAAGCUCCUCCAAGAGAUAAGGAUGUCACUCACACACAAUCCACGGAUUCGGUAGCUCUCUCAUACUCGUCAUCGAUACACAAGCACCUCGCGUUACAACACUAGAGAGUGCAACAACACUAAUUAGUUGAAUCUUUAGUCGAUCAAUCGAAAUUCGACUUAAGCUAAAUUGACGUUGAAACUCUCGCCUAACGCGACAUUUAUGCUUAUAUUAAUUUUAAAUUGACAAUCUUUGGCUUGCCAUUAACUCGAAAAUUUUCAAUCUCAAUUGUUACCAUUCCGGUGAAAUCGUUCUCAUCUAGUUUAUAGGAAUGUUAUGUAUGUUUGGCCUAUGCGUGUUCUAAAGUAGCGUCCAAAGCCCUUACUGAGAAAUUGACAUGACAAUAUAUUAUAACAGUAUCGCGUUGCACAGGGUAUAACGCUUCAUGUAAAUGGGAACUUGUGUCUUGGUGAGGGAUCGUUUUGUUAAGAUAACUUGUCAUUUUAAAACAUUGUUACUAAGUACGGUUUUUAAUACGGAUAAUGUUCGAAAAUUUUAUCGUCUGAUAUUUGUAUGUGGCUAGAGAAUGACGGACUUUCCUGAAGAAUUUCGUACUGUUGACAAAAGUUUUUAUGAUCCACUGGAUCGAUUAGUAUGUUGUUUGAAAGGUUGUCUCAUAUCUAGCCACAGCGUCAAAUAAGGGUUGAAUCAGUUUUAAAUUAAGGUAUUCGUCUGUGUAUAAUAGACGUACUAAUUGGUAAUCCAAUGACAAUCAGCAUCAAAACGAAAGUUGACAACGAAAAUAAAGUUAAAUAGAACCUGCAACUAGCCAAAGCUUGGCGCAGUUACCUGCUUUUAGAUCAAGUAAAAACUAACAAAAUCUUAAUAAAACUGACUACGGACACAAAUAAGUUGGUUACUAGGCACGCCAGUUACUACCGCUCACGACGUGCCUCAGGUUCAAUCCCUGCAUAGCGCAAACAUUUGUGCGACUGCGAUCUAAAGAUGUUUAAAUCCUAGAACGGCCUAGAACAAUAAGAAUAACAUGCAGAACAUAAUCAAUUAUAGUACAUUCGUCAUUAUAAAAUUUAUUGUUGCUACGAUUGCCAUUGGAUUACACUAGUAAAGUGAGAUAUUGGGUGUAAAAAUUAGCAUACAAUGUGUAAAUAGGUUUACUCUGCACGACGCACUGUGUUAAUCGCUUCCAAAAUUGAUAUUUAAAGCCUUAAGUUGCGAUUAAACUUUCAAAUGUUAUUUAUUACUAUCAAGGUCUUGUGACACUAUGCACUCAUUUUGCACCUACGCAGUUAUGAAUGGUGUAUCACAUGUUAUUUUAGAGCGCGUGAAAUAAAACAUAUGAAUACGAGCUUCUUUCUUCGCUUAAAUUCUUAUAAACUAGAUCACUGUCCUUAUUACGAUAUAGAGCAGACUUGACUGCAGUGUUGCCAGAAAUAAAAAUAUUUUUAUAUGUAACCGUCAAAAUUCCUGUCUCAUUAAAAUGUAUGUUGUAUUCUGUACCGCACUUGAAACAUAUUUCCGCAGUUUUGCCCCACCCACGAAUCAUUAUGGUAGAAAUUAGCCGCAGUAUGUAUUUAGUUCUUUUAAAUUAAAGCCUUUGAGUAUAUUACUCGAAAGAAAGUAUUUUUUAUAAACUGCAAGUAAAUAUGUAUUUUUAGUAUUCGAAAUCUUAUCAGCAUUUGAUUGCGCCUGUAUAAACUGAAACGAUUUUUUGGUUACAAUGAGGACGUAAAGUUUGCUGAAGAGGGCGCCACUAGCGCUAAAAAUAACUAAUACAACAUUGUUUGUUCUAGUGGUGCACUUUAGCGGCAGUACGUCUAACUAAUACCAUACGUAAUAUGAGACGGAAGUAAAUUAACUAUACCAGUAUAAAUCCAAAAUAAUGACAUUAGCCAGUGUUUUAUAAUAAUACCGUAUAUAAGUAGCUGUGUAAAGCAUAUUCCUUAGCCAUCGACAUAAUGAAAAUAUUUACGAAUGAUAAAAAAAAAUGUAAGCAAGUGUGUUAACCCUAGUGGCUAGUAUAUCUAUGAUUUCAAUGUAGUUUUCAUUGAAAUUGAAAACUAUUAUUGAUGUGUAUCAUGUACUAAUACUAACAACAUUUUUGUCUAAGUUAAUUUUGUAUGAUUUAUUGGAUUUGUGUUGAGUUUUUGGUUGUGUUUGAAAGAGUAUUGCGAUUUGAUAUAAAACAAGCAAUAUUCAAGAGUUGGAGCAGUUCAUUGUUGGUUAAUUUGGUAUGUUUUAAACGAAAUAUCUUACCGAAACGCUUGAUAAAAAUGGACUGUUUUGGCCAAGGCAUAGAAAGCUUUUUUUGUUAUAAACAGCAAUGGGAGGGAAUAGGGGAGAGGUGUAAUUCCAAAGGAACCCAUAAACUGCUUCGACUCGCAAUUUAUUGUUUUUACUCAAUGAUUGAUGUUUUACUAGAUGUGUUCGGAGUGUUGAUUUAGAUGGGCGACAAGUCGCAUCCAGUAGGUUUGUUAGAAAACUUUAAAGAGCUGAGAUGAGGCCAUAUAAAUAUAUUUUAGUAUACCACGAUUCAUGUAAUCCGCUAAAAUGUAAUCAAAACAUUCCUCACAGUAUUGGAUUUCUAUUUAGGUAUAAAAUUGUCCAUUCGUCAUACUAUUUAACAACCAUUGUUUUCAUUCAUUGACAUUUAGGCCAAUUACAAU